UCGCAACCGAGCCCGGAGGAGUCCUCGUCAUCCGCUGUCGGUCGGUCACGGAGACGACGCGAGCCGGCGACGACGAUGAGUCGCCUAUGGUGGUGUCGGGUGGCGCCGCGAUGAAGGCUUGACCGCCGCCGAUGAUCCAUCGCGAGCUCGGCGACGGGGAAAACGCCCUCUGCGACCACGGCGCGUUCCCUGCCUGACCUGACCUUUCGCCGAAGAGAGGGAGAGAGAGGGGAACAAAGAGAGCGAGAGAGAGAGAGAACGAGGACGAACGGACGUAGCACACGCAGGACGACACAGUGCCUAUUGUGCGAGAGAGGCCAUCCGUUAAAUCGGUAUACUUCGCGAGGCGCCAUCGUCACAGCGACGACAUGGAGAAUGCGGGGAACCAGCGGAGCAGUGCCGUCGAGAUGUCGCGGAAGAUCGAGACAUGAAGAGAGCGCGACCGAGGAUCACAUGGGUUUCCUUGAGCCGGGGUCGGCGGUAGCAGAGCCGUGAUCAAAAUGAACUUGAUAAACAUGGACGCGGAGAACCGCGUGGUUCUGAACGUGGGCGGGAUCCGGCACGAGACGUACAAGGCGACCCUGAAGAAGAUCCCGGCGACGAGGCUCUCGAGGCUGACCGAGGCGCUCGCCAACUACGACCCGAUCCUCAACGAGUACUUCUUCGACAGGCACCCGGGUGUCUUCGCCCAGGUACUCAACUACUAUCGCACCGGCAAGCUGCACUAUCCCACGGACGUCUGCGGCCCGCUCUUCGAGGAGGAGCUCGAUUUCUGGGGGCUCGACUCUAAUCAGGUCGAGCCUUGCUGUUGGAUGACCUACACGCAGCAUCGGGAUACGCAGGAAACGCUGACGGUCCUCGACAGGUUGGACCUCGACACCGAGAAACCCACCGAGGAGGAACUGGCGAGGAAAUUCGGCUUCGAGGAGGCGUACUACGAGGGAACCCUCACGUGGUGGCAGAAACUCAAGCCUCAGAUGUGGUCGCUUUUCGAUGAACCCUACUCCUCCGUCGCAGCUAAGAUAAUCAGCAUAGUCUCCGUUUUCUUCAUCUGCGUUUCGAUACUCUCGUUUUGCUUGAAAACCCAUCCGGACAUGCGAGUGCCGGUUAUCGUAAAUCGCUCGGUAAAGACUGACAACAUGACGUCCUGGGUGCUGGACAAGACCCGUACCAACGCCCACGACGUCUUCUUCUACAUCGAGUGCGUCUGCAACGCCUGGUUCACUUUGGAGUUCCUGAUACGCAUCACAGCGAGCCCGAAUCGCUGCGUCUUCAUCAAGAGCUCGGUGAACCUGAUCGACAUGGUCGCUACUUUGAGCUUCUAUGUCGACCUGGCGUUGCAGCGGUUUGCCGCCCACCUCGAGAACGCCGACAUCCUCGAAUUUUUGAGUAUCAUACGCAUAAUGAGACUGUUCAAGCUGACCCGUCACUCCUCGGGCCUGAAGAUCCUGAUACAGACCUUUCGCGCCUCGGCCAAGGAGCUCACGUUGCUGGUGUUUUUCCUCGUUCUCGGCAUCGUCAUCUUCGCCAGUCUGGUUUACUACGCGGAACGCACCCAGUCCAAUCCGGAAAACGACUUCAAGAGCAUACCUCUUGGUCUGUGGUGGGCGCUGGUGACGAUGACCACCGUCGGUUACGGAGACAUGGUGCCGAAGACGUACAUCGGAAUGUUCGUCGGCGCGCUCUGCGCACUAGCCGGUGUCCUCACGAUCGCCCUGCCGGUGCCCGUGAUCGUUAGCAACUUUGCGAUGUAUUACAGUCACACGCAGGCGCGAGCCAAGCUACCGAAGAAGAGACGCCGCGUAUUGCCGGUGGAACAGCCGCGUGUGAGGGCACCAGGCGCACCACCCGGAGUGCCCGGCGGCCCUGUCGGACCUCCCGGUUGCGGCCAGCAAAUGUCGCACUUGCAGUCUGCAGGGGGCACGGUCACCACCGGGCCCCUCGGCCCGGGUCAGACGCCCGGCGUCGCGUGCCAAGGCCAAGGCCAGGGACCGCAGAACCGGAGGAUGAACGCCAUCAAGACGAAUCAUCCCAAGGAUCCGUUCGCCACGAAAACAGAGGAGGACCGGAGGAUCUCUGAUCUACGCACCAACGGGACCAAGUCAGCCGGAGGUUUGAGUUAAGCCAUGAUGUAAAAAGAUGAGGUGUAACGUUCCCGUGAAUGCGCAUUCGUCCAAAGUAAUAGCGCGCUCCCCUCGACCAAACUGGGAGUUGGUCCCAAAUGUCGAAAAGCAGUACGAUUGUUAGCAGUAGUGCGAAUUAGUGCGACAGAUCACGAUUAAAGUGGUCCGCUAGACUUGCCGGAUCGGUUCUCGUUAAUAAUUCUCACUCGCUCUCGAGAGAUCGCCCGUUCGUUUCCGCAUCUUUCUUCGUUCGUUAUUUCGCAUUCCGAUCGACGCCAAUUCCCGCUUCGCUUCGCCGAUCACGCGAAGUAUCGUUACACUCGUCGUAUUAUUUUCAUCCCGCAUUCGUGAACAUUUAAUUUUUAAUAUUCUGAUACUGUACGUGUGUAUAUAAUUGAUUUCCGCAUUUGAGACCGAUUCUCCAUUGGCACGUUCCACUAUGCUGCCGCCACUGUGUACGCGACGUUACAGCUUGUCUUCUCAUGUCAUGGAUCGAGCUAGAACCAAGUUUAUUCUCCACUACCGAGCAAUGCCCCGAAAGUGGAGGGAUUCGUCCGUUUGGAAACUGCCCAGCAAUAGAGAAUAAUCUUGAUUCCCGCUUAAUUCUAGAUUUCCAGAAUAUAAUAAAGCGAUACAUACAUAUACCGUCGGGACGAAAAGAGUCUGAAUGCGAGAGUCACUCACGGCGGCGGCCAAUCACUUUUGCGUCUCUCUUUCUUUUCUCGUCUUUCGUUUCGUUACCCGGCGGGUCGUGGAGGCUGGGGGAAUUUUUACUUACGGCUUUCCGUGCCGCCCGAGUCGCCCGGUGGAGGUUUUGGGUUAAACUGCAAUCAAGAUUAUUCUCCACUGCCGUGGUUAACCCAAACUUCCGGCUGUCUUGGUCCCGCGGAAGCGUAGGUAAAAAUUUCUCCGGCCUGGACUGCGGACUUCGGAUAAACAAUAGGUAUAUAUACAUAUAUAAAUAUAUUGAUACAUAUACGCAUAUAUCGCAUCGGGACGGAAAAAGAAGAAGAAGAAGAAAAAAAGAACGGAGAAGAAAAGAAAGAAGAAGUGAACGCGAGAGUCUCUCGGCGGUAGUGUUACCACGAGUCAUCUAUCGAUCUAAAUAAGCAAACUGCAUUAGGAAGUCAAGGAGAACUUGUGUGUAGCGAGUAGGCAACUCGUUUCUUUAGAGUAAAUUACCUCCUUCCUUCGCUUACGUGAUUUGUAUUUUUUAAGGAUUCGCCAAGUAACGCACUUCUCGCGCGCAUUGAUGAUAGCGUGUAAACGAAUCGAUGUAUUCAACACUACGUAUUUAUCGAUAAUCGAAACAUCCUUUAGUUCGAGGAAUCUUAAUCGGAUCCUUUUUUUUUCCGUUUUCGCGUCUCGGUAAUAAACGUCACGAUACGAUUUAUAAUUUACGCUCGCGACGGAACCUUUUACACACUCUUAUCGUUUAUCGUUCGCGACCUACUUUCAUCUUGAAUAUUUAUUACGAUAAUAUAAAAUCGUGAUAUCUCUCUCUCUCUCUCUGCGAGUGUUUCUCAGCUGAGCAAGUGCGACAUCGCGAUAUAAGGCUAAUUUCGGCCAAACAUCACCCGCGAUUACGAGAUUACACCUCCGUGUCUUUCUCAUCUCCCGUCAAGAGGAAGAACGUCCUCUUCGAAAUAUCCGUUCCGUCUGUUUCCCUUUACUUUUCGCGAUUUAAUAUUCGUUCCCGUCGUUCCGAAUAUAGUCAUUAAUAGGCAGACGUAAAAUGAAAAUAUCCCGCAAGAGUGCAGCCAAAUAUCUUAUACCGUCCACACCAGACCACACCGUGUUUGUGACUCACGUAAACAUCGUGUAUCAACCGUGGCUUCUAAAUUUAAGGUAGACGGUGGAUCACCAAGACAUAUUGUGGCGAGGGAUAUGCGCGCACGGUAGAAAACGGGGACACAAACUUUUAUCGUGGCACCUCGAGGCCGUACCGACAUCGUUGUCGAUAUCAUCGCUUGAGUCUAUAUACAUGUUACCUCGAUUAGAAAAAAAAAGGAGAGAAAAAGUACAGGGAAACGUCGACCGCGCUCCAUCGCGGAAGAACACCUCGUCCCAAUCUUCCAAUCCCGCCGUCGUCUAUAUUAUUAGGCCAUUCCUCCCCCCUUCCCUCCCCGUACCAUCCCCAUCGUUGAUAAUGUUCCCGCGGCACUCGUGUGAAACGGCAAAAAUUCCGAGAGAGGAAACCGACCACGUGGGGAAUCGCAUCGCAAUUGCGUCGCACGCUCGUUUCGUGUGAUAUCAAUAAACGCGCACCAUACAUUUUUUUUACACGGAAAAAAACAUUCAGUUCGUGUGAACUAAAUUUCGGUCACGACAACCGAAAUUUUCUGUUAUCUACGGACCAAAUGAAAACUCGAUUGUGGAAGCAAAAAAAUUCCUAUAGAAUGUUUCCGCCGCUCGGACAAUUGUACUCGGUUAUCUUAACCGAGUUAAUAUUGUUACUCGGCGAAAAUAUUAUUUUUCUCCUGGUGGGACUUGAAACUCUGAAAUUUCUUGAUUCCGAGACUAUAGUCUUAGACCGCAGGACCACUAACGCUGUUGAUAUGUCGUAUCCAACGGCAGUACACGUCGCAUUAAUACAUAUGAGGGGGAAAAUUUCGGUUCCUCAUACCGAAAGCAUUUGUUGAUGUAAACAGCUUUUCAGCUAGUGAAAAAAGGCUACAUGUUAUUAUAGCCGAAACUCAAUGAACUAAAUAUUUUCGAUUGCCAUAAUCGAGUUAGUUUUUUUCCAUGUAGUACGUACACCCUUGUUUUCGUAGAUCUUCGCACGUAUCUGCGGACAUACCGUACGUGAGUACCGUGCAUACGUAAGACGUCGAUUCUGACCGCAGCGUCGCGUUCAUUUUCGCCGCAUCGCCGAGAUUCGCGAUCUCUGUCGUGUUUCCGCGAAAAAGGAAAAAGAAAAGGAUAGAUCGUCCAGUCGACAUCUCGCACUUUUAGCGGCGAGUGCGGUGAGAAUGCGGGCUCACCUUCUCGCGCAUCGUGAAUAUCGCCGGGACCAAUCCGUGAAAUUCCUCUGCCCUCCCUCCCCGAAGAAAAAAAAAAAAAGGAAAUAUUCGUGAGAUAUCAUUUGUAAUAUCAGCGGGAGAAACGACUCCAUUUCCUUGUCCCUCUUUGCACGCGGAGUAACGCUCCUCCGAGGUACUCGGUUACAGUAACUCUGUAACAGUAGCUGAGCGCCCCUUUCUACGUCGUGUAUCUCUGUUGUGCCUGAAGGGCAGGUGGGAGAAAGGAAGUGCAGAAAGGAACGAUAAAAGCAUAUCAUAUAGGCGAUCGAUUGUGUGUACACAUCGUUUUGCGCGAACAGUCGGUGAGCACCUCGCCGACAGCCGUUUCGCUUGUUUCCCCGACGAAAUGAACCGUAACUUGCGCGCGUUCGUUUCCGUCGCUUUCGAAAUGAUUUCGGAAAGAGCGCUUCCGUGUCUCUCAAUUUUUCGCGUCUUGAUUUUCGCGAACUUAGCGACGACCAGAUUCUACACUCUCCGAGCGUAUCGUAUUAUUCGUUGUCCCCUCUCCGAUCCGACGAUUCCGACACGACGAAAAGUGAAUCACGUUCGGUGCCGAUAACUAACGAGACCAUGAGAGAGAUAUUCUUCUCGAGCGCAAAGAAAAACUCCGAGACAAUCGGAUCGAUACCAAUAUAUAGCCCACGCGUGCAAAUCUGUCUGCGCUUCAGAGAGACGCAUUACGGUUUACUUGAGUAACACCAACGAUACUCGCGACUCUUCUCUCCACGUAGAGUAAUGUAAGCGUAGUGCUGGCAUAUACAUAUAUAUAUACGUAUUGUAACCUCGAUAAUUUAUUAUUACGCACAAAAGUAAAGUUGCUUAUGUAUGUAUACGUGGCGCGUCUACUUUUGUAACUAAGUUUUAUACGUGGCGCUACGAACACGUUUAUACAUACACCGAGUGCUUGGUCUUACCUCAUGAUUUAUCGUAUUCCCGCCUCCGUGUUCUAAAAUCACUCCUUUCGUCGUCGUCUAUUCCCGACUUGCCUCUCCCCCUCUCUCUCUCUCUCUCUCUCUCGAUAUUCAUCCGCUUGGAACGCAGUUUCACGAUGCGAUUUAGCGAUAAGAUUAUUUUUAAGUCCGGAAAUUCGCGCGCGCCGAUUUUUUCAGGCCGCGUCGUUUCACAAUAAACGGAUUACUGCCUGGUAUACAUAUAUAUAUAUGUACAUUUCGCGCGUAACUUUUAAGUAUUUUCUAAUAAGCGAAAAGUAAAAACCGUAUGCUCCUUUGUCGAUAGCGCGACGACCCUAAAGAGACGAUUGACGUUUUCACAUUAGUUUGGGUGAAUGUAAGCCCACGCUUUUCUUGACCGAUCCUCUGUUUUAAUAAUUUUCGACAUUUUUCAAUAACUAAACGGUACCCUCGCAAUAAAAAGCAAGUGAUCUCCGAAUCUCAGCGGCGCAACUUGACCCGAUAUUUGAUCUUUCGGUAUUUUAAUUCCUCUUCGUAUUGAUUCAGCCGUUUGAUCGCUACGCACGCAAGCACGCACGCAAAUAAGCACGCACGCACGCACGCACAGACGCAUGCAUGGACGCACGAGAAACCGCACCACCCCGCCGAAUCUACCCCUCUCAACUUCCCCGCAUGAAACGUAAAAGAUCCGAAGGAACUUGUCGCUACUUCGAGCUCCGUUUCAGAGAUACUCGCGCGUUACACUUUUCGCGAAAUCGAAUAUACUUAUGUCACCCCUUACGGUCGUCGCCUCUCUAACGACGCGUAUGAAUAAUUUGGCGGUAGACGGCUGUUUUAACAUUCGUCCUCAUUCGCCGUGAGCUUUUCUAUCACCCUGAGUUCGCCCGCUGCUCGCAAUCGCCCCGAUUCUUUGUGCCUUAAAGACUGGCUUUCAUAUCCAGGGCUGUGUACCGUGCGGCCGUGCGCGCGAAAGAGACUGUGUUACGUCUUUACCACUUUAUUAUUACAGACAGUAGACGGUCUAUGCUGUGGUCGCGCGCUAUUCACGCAGCUGCUAUGUUGAACAACUCUGAAGAAGGUGCACGAAAAGAUUAACGACUGCAGAUUAAUGACGCCUCUCUUUCUCUCUCACACCCCCCUCCCCCUUUCCCUCUUUCUCCCUCUUUCUGUCUCUUGGCACGAUUCGCAGGGGAAAAUUGAAAAUAUCAGCUGGACAAUUUCGCGCGAAUUUUGAUCAUCAGUGACACGGCUCUGAGAAUGCUCUCGAUUUUGGAUCGAUUCUCCUCUCCUUCGGUAUCGCUCUUUUUUUUUAUUUGAGAGAACGUUCGAACAUCGUGCGAACUGGAAACGACGAUUCCGAAAGUGCUUCCAGUUAGCGUCUCGUUACGCGUAGCCCUGCAAAUGGAAACCAGUCGCGAUUCGAUCCUGACUAGACUGUACGACGUAUAUCGGCAAUAAUAAAAAUAGAUUCACGCGCGCGCGCGCGCGCACGCACACACACAGAUAUAUAUACACGCACGCACGCAGACACAUACAAACACGCGCGUAAAUGUAUAUUUCACCGGAAUGCUCGCAUGCACGUUGCAAUAUUCAACAUUGCUGACUCGAAAUAAGAAAGCAAGAAAGCGGCGCGAAACCUCAGAUCGAUGCCGGAGAUUCCGAAAAUUUUCCUCCCUAUCUCCGCGCGCGAAACCUGAGCGCGCACUCAUCCACCCUUGCAAUUGACACGACCCCCCGAGAUCCGGGCGCUGCGAUACCAAGCGCCAAGUUCGUCGGCCUUUUCUCUCCUCGUGACGGACUCAUCUCGAACGGUCGAGAGCCCUUCCCUGUAUCCCGACGUAACGUUUCGCAAAUUUCGCCGCGCGCAUGCCGAAAUUCGCGCAAAACUUGCCAGGAACGCGAGAGCAACCGCUUAUCCGAUUUACCCGAAACACCGGAGACAAGUCUUUGUCUUUUAUCGAACAGAGCCCGGGGCUCGUAAGACGAAGCUCGAGCGACUUAACCCUUUCCCGCUGUUGAAAAUUAAACCAAUUUUCUGAUCUUUCAGGGCAGUUAAUUUGAGAAAACGGCAGGAAAAUCGCCGCGAUUCGAGGAAAUAAUUGUACAGUUUGAGACCAAGAAGCUGCGUGCACGCAGUUUGUCCUGUACAGUGGCACGAGACAACUACUAGAGAGAUGUAAAGACGCGCUGCGUAGAGAGAGAGAGAGAGAGAGAGAGGGAGAAAUGGACACCCACUUCGCUACAUUCUGCUACACUUUCCGCGGGAAAGGGUUAAGGGCGGACUUAGAAUAAUAAGAAACGAAUAUUAUUAUCUUCGACGAGUGGUAACGCGCGUAGAUUCAUCGUCGACGAUUGAGUCUGAUCUGUUUUGUUUCUUGCUCUCCAUCUCUUUUCCAUAAGCAAAUAGAAGUUCUUACAGAAGAAAGAUAGAGAGCAAGAAACAAGACGCAAAGAGCACAUUGUAAACCAAGCUUUAGAGUUGCAGCCGCUUCCCCACUAUCGUGAAUGACGUUAAAAAGAGAGAAGGAGAAGGAGAGAAGGAGGGAGCGAGAGAAGGAGAAAAAGGGGGAGGAUAAAGGGAAGAAAAGGAGGAGUGAGAAAACAAUGACAAACGAAAAGAGCGAAUGGAAACAAAGAGAGGAGAAAGGGGAAGGAGAGAGAUUAUCGAAGAGAUAAAAAUGCAUAUCGGCAGCGGGUACAAUGAGCACGCACGCACAACAGUUUUUAAGGAGAAUAAGCGAGUAUGUAUAUAUGCGUGUGUGUAUGUGUGUGUGUGUAUGCGUGUGUAUGCGUGCGCGCGCAUGUGUGUGGUAUGUACAGACCUACGUGUAUGUGUGUGUGUGUGUGUGUGUUUACGUGCGAACCCGCACACAUUGUUGCUCUAGUGCUGCACCCAUCGAUAGCGACGACUUGUGGUACUCUUUUCGUGACGGCCAGUAAACAUUUAGCAUAAUUUACAGUAACGUACGUUUCGCCGUUUGCGGUCGCCACCACCAUCACGUUCGCUCGUUGCUUUACGUUGACCGUAAAAAUAAAAAAAAAAGAAACGAGGAAAAGUUAAGGGGGUUGCCAGAUGUCUGGAUAUUUUUCGCGGGAGGGGGGGGGAGGGAUUCGUCGCGACGCGAUUUCCUCGCCCUCGCGUACCCUCCCCCUGCUCGGCUCUUUUAUAUCGAGUGCCCCAGUUUAAGCCUUGACGCAAGUAGGGCCAUUAUACGCCAACACCAUGAUCAGGCGAAAUUAAGUAAUGAAUAUUGAUCUGAGCUAUUUGCGCGCUCACUCCCGCUUUAUAAAAGCGUCAGCCGUGUAUUUUUACUCGCCGGUUAAUUUAGUAUAUAACGCGAAACUUUUAUUUCCUCCGUUUACCAAUCCCGUUAUUUGCCGGCACUAUUAUUAACGCGCGCGCUGCACGCAUUGAUGUUAGUUCGCGUAGCGGACCACCCCGAGGUUCUUCGCGCUUCGCAUCACGAUUUCGCGGGAAUGUCCAGGAAGGACUUCGGCCGAAGGGGCCGAAGGACCUCGCCGAGCCGAGCCGAGAUUUCGCGGAUCUGGCAAUCCCGCUUGACCCUCGGGGCUGCCUUCUCCAAACGCGUUUUCCGUUGGUUCUAUUGUUGUCCACUUCCCGGAUCGAGGGUGGAAGUCCAAGUUUUCUAAUACCAGGUUUUCUAAUAUCGUGUAGCAUCGGUUAAUCGACAACGCGACGCGCGGGACGUGCGAGUACGAGUCGAGUCGGAUCCGAAUCGCUCGGCCGGGCGAUCGAUCACCUCGGGCACACAACUGUGCACGAGUCCCGAACAAUAGCCGAAACUUCAAAGUAUACGACGACAACUGUCCGCGUUAUAUUCGAUAACCUCCUCGCGACACUCGUCCCCACGCUUGACUGUCCGGAAAAAGGAGGCUUUCGCGCGAGACUCUCGUCGCGUGUCUGCGUCCGAAUGCCUGUGUACGCACGUACGCGUGUGUAUGUGUGUAUGUGUACGCGCGCCCGCGAAUACUCGGUUUUCCAAACACUCGGAAAAACUCGUCGAAGACGAUUGUUGGAAACAGUCGCGCCUCGGAUUCGGAUCGAGCCAUGAGUCUCUCUCUCGAGCGGGUACUCGUACGUCUCUCCGGAUUUAAUAUUACCUCAUAGGCAUCGUCAUUUAUUCGAUACUCUCGCGUUGUCUGCGCGCACCACGUAAUAUCAUCACGAUUUGUACAGCGCGCUCCGCCGUUAUAUCGCUCGACGAUUGUAAAUACAACGACGAACGUCCGACGGUUUCUCUCGGGAACACAUAGCUCAAUCGGAUGUGCGCGGGGAUGCUGAGUACGACGGCAGGUCCGCCGAACGCAGCUUCGUCGGUCCUCCGUCGCGAGAAAUUGCGGAUUAAUUAAAAAUUAAUUAAAAAUCCCCCACACCUUGUGUACUCCGCGUACGAUCGGUGUGACAAAAGUUGCGACACUUCCUUCGGUGAGUCUCGCAUUUCGUAUCCAAUUGAAAAAUGUAUUUCUUGAGAACUACUAAAAAAAAAAAAACACGAAUUCUCCUAUUGGAUACCCGAGAGCGUUGGGAAAUUAAUCGAGGAAAAGCGUUGCAACUUUUGUCACGCCGACUGCAUUACGAUGCGUCGAGGAGACUUUGAAAGAAAAAAAUGACGAAGACGCGAGGCCGUGUAAAUAUUCUCUUGAGAGAAUCGGUACGUUCCGCUUAUUGCGCGUCCCGAACGAUCACCGUCAUUGAGAUUACGUUCGCGCGAAUUUCCCCCGGGCGGG